AUGGCUUUAAGUUCAAAAAAAUCAAUUGAAAAUAAAGAAGACUCAGAAAGUUCUUAUUAUAUUGAAGAAGAAGAAAUUGAUAAAGCCAAAGAUAGUUUGAAAACUUCUGCUUCUCUGAAAGAAAAAGUUGAAUUUUAUCGUGAAUUUUCAAAAGUUAAAAAUACAGUCAACGUGACAAAUAAUUGGAUGGAAGUAGAAAAUGAACAAGUUUUAAUUAAACAAUUGUGUUUUUAUUUUGCUAAUAUGAGUAAAAAAGAUGGUUCUGACUAUUCUGUCAAUUCUGUUAGAGCUUCUUUUGCAGCUAUUAUCUGCUUCCUUCAAGAUAAUUCAAAAAUUAAAAGUAUUGAUUUAUAUAAUAAUGUUCAUUUUAAAGAAAUAAGAAAAGUUGUAGAUGGAAAAAUUAGAUAUCUUUUUAAUAAUGGCAAAGGUAAAAUCAAAGGAUCAGACUCAUUAGAAGCUGAUGAAAUAACCCAAAUUUUAAAUCAUAGAUUGUUAGAUAGCUCCAUGCCUGAAAGAUUAUUAAGAAGAGUAUUCUUUAUAAAUGUAAUUUAUCUUGGACUUCGUGGUGAAGAACAUACAUUACUUAAUGCAACUGAUUUUGUUAAAAGUGAAGAUGAUGAUAUUACUCUAUUUAUUGAUCAAUAUUUAUCAUUACGUUCUCGUUGUGCAGAACCUGAUUUUUACCUUCAAGAAAUUGAAAAGCAAUUUGCAUUAAGAACUGACGUCUGGUAUAAGCUAAAUCAUAUAGGAUCUAAAAGAUUAAAUUUCUUUUUAAAUAAAAUUUGUAAAAUUACUGGCGUAAAUCUUAAUGGAAGGAAAAUUACUAACCACUCUGAAUAUCGUGCACUUAUUCAAAAUUGUGAAAAAAUGGGAAUUCCAAAGGAAGAUAUUACCACUGGUAGAUCAUCUGAUGCUGGAUUGUCAUCAUACAUUUUACCUACUGAUAAUAAAAAAAAUGAGAUUGUUGGACAGUUAAUGAAUAAAGUUCAUGGGCAGUUGACUUUAAUUAAUGAAAAAUCAGCAGAAAUAUUAAAUUCUCAAAUUUCAUGUAUGAAUAAAAAUAAUAAACGAAUAAUGGACAAAGAAGAUAAUAAUUUUAAAACUGCAAAAGAAGAUAAAGAAUAUUAA